AUGCAGCAACCUCAGUCUGCGUUGAAGCCUCCGGCUGCAGUAAAGCAAGCCAUCGCGAACUUCCAGUCGAUAGGGCCGUUUAAGGUGAUUCCUCCUGCAGAAAACGAGACUUCCUACAUUUUUAAGUGGGGAGUAAGGGUCGAGUACCGCGACGAGAACAACAAGCUCACAGUCCGGUGGGCGUAUUUAGCCGAUGAAACGUGA